AUGGUUCAUGGUCCUUGUGGUUUGGAAAAUCAAAAUUCACCUUGUAUGAAAGAUGGGAGGUGCACAAAGUUUUACCCUAAGAAAUUCCAAAGUACAACUAUAGUGGACCAAGAAGGCUACCCGGAUUAUAGGAGAAGAAACAACAGACACACCAUUCAAAAGAACGACAUCAUCUUUCAUAGUGGUCAUGUUGUUCCUCACAAUCCAAGUUUGUUGUUGAAGUACGAAGCCCACAUCAACAUGGAAUGGUGCAAUCAAAAUACUUCUAUCAAAUACCUUUUCAAAUAUAUUAAGAAAGGCUCCGAUAGAAUUUCGGCAAUCAUACAAGGCCAAGACAAAAACAACGUUGACGAAAUCAAACAAUAUUUGGAUUGUCGAUACAUCUACCCAAGUGAAGCAUGUUGGCGGAUAUUUUCUUAUUCUAUACAUGGCAGAAAACCAGCCGUAGAAAGAUUGUUUUUUCACAUGGAAGGUGAAAACUCCGUGUACUACAAAGACUACGAGCAGGUUGGUGAUGUGUUGCUCAAACCAAGUCUAACGGAGUCCAUGUUUACGGCUUGGUUUGAGGCUAACAAAACUUAUGAGGAAGCAAGAUUACUAACUUAUGGUGACUUUGUUUUUAAAUUUGUUUAUCAUAAACGAAGUCGAAGUUGGAAACCAUGGAAGCGAGGGUAUACCAUUGGUCGACUGAUUUGGGUUCCGCAAUCCACUAGCGAGUUGUUUUAUUUAAAGAUGAUGCUUACCGUCAAGAAAGGUCUGUUAUGCUAUCAAGACAUCAAAACAGUUGAUGGUAAGAAGUGCAAAACUUUUAGAGAUGCGUGCUUUACGAUGGGAUAUUUACAAGAUGAUCGUGAAUUUGUCGAGGCAAUCAAAGAGGCGCAUCUUUGGGGGUCGGGUCCUAUUUUACGCAAACUAUUUGUGACAAUGUUACUUUCGGCAUCCAUGAAUAGACCUGAACAUGUUUGGAGAAAGACUUGGAGAUAUUUAUCGGAUGGCAUUCUUUAUGAUCUACGGUUAUUGGCAAGAGAUCAAGGUUUGACAAUGAGCGAUGCCGAGUUAAAGGAACGGACACUGAUGGCUAUUGAAACACUAUUGCAAAAUAAUAAUCGUAGUUUAAAGGACUUCAAACCAAUGCCAGUUCCAAAAGAGGAUGUCGUUUUCUUUACAGGAAACAGAUUACUUUAUGAUGAACGUCAAUAUGAUGUUGUUGAACAACAACAAAUUUUUGAACAUUUGUCUGCUUCUCUUAUAGAUGAACAAAGAGGAAUUUUUGAGGAAAUCAUGGAUGCUGUAGAGAAGCAACAAGCAGCACUUAGGUUUAAGAAAAAAACUGUCUUACCUGUUGCUUCAAGUUUGAUUGCAAGUUUGUUGUUACCAGGUGGAAGAACAGCUCAUUCUAGAUUUAGGAUUCCUGUUCCUACUUUAGAAAAUUCUAUUUGCAGCAUUCAAAAACAAGAUGAUCUUGCUGAGCUUUUAAAGAUGACAGAUUUAAUUAUAUGGGAUGAGGCUCCUAUGGCUAAUAAAUUUUGCUUUGAAUCUCUCAACAAAUCCUUGAGAGAUAUUAUGAGUGGAAUUUCACAUGCAUCUAGGAAAGUUUUUGGUGGUAAGGUUGUUGUGUUUGGUGGUGACUUCAGACAAAUUCUCCCAGUUAUACCAAGAGGAACUAGAUCAGACAUUAUCCAUGCAACAAUAAAUGCUUCUUAUAUUUGGGAUCAUUGUAAGGUCUUGAGGCUUACAAAGAACAUGCCCUUGCAAAUUGGUGAUAAUGCUUCUUCUACAGCUGAUGACAUAAGGAGAUUUUCUGAGUGGAUUUUAAAAAUUGGAGAUGGGACCAUGUGUGAGCCAAAUGAUGGUUAUGCUGAUAUUUGUAUUCCAGAUGAGUUCUUAAUUUCUAACUUUUCUGAUCCCAUCAAGGCAAUUGUUGAAGAUACAUACCCUGAUCUCAUUCAUAAUUAUCUUGAUUCCAAUUAUCUUCAAAGUCGUGCGAUCUUAGCUUCAACAAUUGAAGUUGUUGAUGAUAUCAACCAAUAUAUCACAAAUAUUCUUCCAAGAGAAGAGAAAGAAUACUUUAGUAGUGAUUCUAUUGAUAAAUCUGAUGCAACUAGCUUUGAUGCAUAUGAGCAUGUGACACCCGAGUUCCUAAAUGCUCUCAAAACUUCGGGAUUGCCUAACCAUUCAAUCAAGUUGAAAGUUGGUCCAAACAUUCACUUCAUUUUUGAGAUUCAUGCUGCAGCCAAUGUUGUAUUCAAACAACUGUUCCAUAACCUUCGAAAGGUCCAAACAUUCACCUCAUUUUAG